AUGACCUUGGCCGCGAUCAUGUUCCCUCCAAUGCAGCACGGUCCAACACGAGUGAUAGCUUAUGGGAGCAAUUUAUUCUCCCAGCUCAACUCUUUGCAGCAGCUCAACUCGACUUUCACUAAGCCAUACACGAUAGAGGACGCAGCGAGCCUUGUUGCUGUCAGCACGUAUCAGACGAUCUACCGCGCAACUUCAGGCGAGAUUAAGGUGCUCGGCGAAUCGGGACACCUUUUGGAGGGGCUUAUAGCGGGUAAGGGUGCAUCGAAGUUAACCUUUGUCGGACAGGACAUUAUCGAAGCAGUGCUGGAUGGCGAUGGAAGACGAAGUUGGUUCUUGAACUAUAACACCGGACGGGUGAGCGAAGUCGAGGGAGGUUGGAAAACAGCUGUUUCUGAUGGGAGGGGGAGGUGCAUGGCUAUUGAUCAGGAGGGAGCGGUGUAUCUGUUCGACUCUACGCGUUUCUUCAGAGCUGCGACUGGUGACUCAGACUCUGCAAAGGCACUCAGAAAGGUAACCAUGUUCAAGGGGCAUGCCUACGACGAAGCCAAGAACAGCCUCCUCCCAACCACUGUGGAGCUGCCGAAGUUCAAGGCGAUCUCAGCCGGGAGUGCACAUUUUGUGCUUCUUGCCGCCGGUUCCAAACUAGAGUGUCCAGUCUGGAUCUACGGAGACGCACGAUUCGGUGCUGUACCCCUCACACCUUUCUCAAACACUACCUUCGUCGGCACCCUCUCCAGCAAACCCUCACCUUCUGCACAACCAACAGACGUACCAUAUUUGAUGCCGGUCCCCCACUUUUCCCCACUCGAAGGCUUUCCCGAUCCCAUCUCCGAUAUCGUCACCGGCUCACGCCAUACCAUUGUCCGCACCAUCUUUGGCGACCUCUAUGGGUGGGGCUGGAACGAACACUCCCCUUUGCUUCCACUCAAUCUUCCACCUAAACAGAAAGAGGUAGAAUGGGAGAACAAUAUCAUCUCUGAACCGGCCGUAAUGGAUGUUCAUCUUCCCCCAGGCCCGAAUGAGACGCAGACCUUCGCGUUCAGGAAUGUUGCGGCAGCAGGAGGGAGGAGUUUUGCGUUGAUCAAGGCAGGUGAAUUAGCCGUUGCGGGUAGUAAUGAGUUCAAUACGCUCGGUUUAGCGGCUGAGCGGGAAUUGAAAGGUCUGAAAGAGAGGGGUAGGAAGGGAGAGAGAAGUUUCAGUCAGAUCAAGAGGGAGUUUGAGUGCGUGGAUGGUAUGCAGCUCCACCCGGACUUCAAGGAGUGCAAUGAGAAUGGGGAACGAGGGAAAGUGAUGGUAGUGGACGUCCAUGCGACGUCGUUGGCCACUUUUCUGACUCUCGCCGAUCGCUUGCCAGGUAGCGAUGAGAUCCGUGGUAGAGGGGUUUAUGUCAUGGAUUAA